AUGAGCAAAGACAAGAUAAAAGCAAGGAUUUUAAAACACAAUGCUGGGCUAAAGGGGACGAUACCUCCAUCUCGUUUCCCGAGAACAACUGAUACGCCUCCGCCUCGAUCAGGUCAUCGGGCUCAGGAAAGUCGUGCUCCGUACUACAGGGGAUUUUGGAGCACAGCUCAGCGCAUGCUUGCGGGAUACUUGCGAUAUGAUCUUUUGACUUAA